UUGUUAGCAGAGCGUGCCGGUGGCGAGACUCCCAUGAUAUGAACCCGAUUCAUAUUGCAGCCAUGAAUCCACGGCUAGCUCGAAUUUCGGACUCCCAGAAAUCAUCGCCUCUCCACAUCGCAGCAGCAGAAGGGCACGUCAAGAUCGCCUCAAAACUGCUAUCAGUUGCCCCGGAGAUGUGCUGGUGGCGCAACGACCAAGGCAUGAACCCGGUUCAUGUUGCCGCUAUAAACGGGCAUGUCGAGUUAGUCGAGCAUCUCCUUGGGGAGAGUUGUUUGCCUGCUAUGGAGAAGCUGCAUCGGGGGGAGACUGUGCUGCACCUGUGUGUGAAACAUGGUCAGCUUAGGGCAUUGAAGGUUUUGGUGGAGAAGUUGGCGAGACACUCUUGCAUUUGGCUGUCAGACUAUACGAUACUUGGUGGGAAAAACAAAAGCGUAGAGAGGCAAACACGAAACUCGAUGGGCAAAACAGCACUGCAGGUCAUGAACGAGAGCGCCCCGCCCCCCCCACACACACAGCUAUUGGAAUAUAUAUAA